AUAUAUUUACUUAAGAGAUCAUGUCUUUAUAUCUUUAUAUAUGUAUGUAUAUGUGAAUUUAAAAAUCUUUUGGAGGUUGUGUUUUCAAAGCAUUACUAAUAUAAAUUGUGUGCUCCUCAGACAUUUAAAAAUAUUGGUUUUAAAAAGUCUUAAAUUAACCUUCAUAAAACCUGGAAAAACACUGUAGUUUAGUUUCCCGUAAUAUUUUUAAUUAUUUUUAUAUAGUAGACAAUGUAGAUUACAAUCUGGCGUACUGCUUUUGCCAAAAGCAAGCACUUAUUCUCUAGUGCUAUCGUUCUUCCUGGAGUCAUUUUAGAAAUCGGAAAAGAAAUGUAAUUCUAGAUGCCUGUGUAAUUAGAAUAAGGUUUGGUGGUCACAUAUCUUAAAUAUCUUCAGCUACAGACUGCUGAUAGCCUUUGAGUUAAUUACACCGUUUCAAUGAAUUAUGUACCACUGCUAUGAAGGGUUUUGACUUUCCUUGACCCUAUUAUGGCAGUGUGAAGAGGUCUUGAAUAAUUAAGGAACACUGGAACCGGUUUCCAUCUUAAAAAUACCACAAUGUAGUACAUGUCAAAGAUGGUGUUGGAUGUUCCUUGAGGUUUCUGUUGAGAUCUUUAGAGGAGCGCGUAUGCUUAAGUGUAAGACUAUAUGUCCUGCUUCUAAACUGAUGGACCGUUCAAUGAAAUAUUCAGUAUGUACCAAGUACUCUUGUUUCGUGAGUGCUGCAGUGUGCUUUGACGAUAAAUCAAGUCAGUGUCAUAGAGACUUGAAAGCAGGGCUGGAUGAGAGAUGCUCUCCAUCCUGGUUUUCUUUUUAAAUGCUGAAGCAAGAACCAAGGCUGCAGGUGUAGUGUAGUAUUAUUCAGUUUAUUCAUUUAAGGUAGAAAUCUGAUGGGAUUUGUUGAGGAAAUAUGACUGAGGCGUGUUUCUGCUCAACCAGCGAAUUAAUAUUCGUCAAGACCGACUUGUGGUAAGUACAAUUAGAGCUGUUAUUUCUAUAUUGCUAUAAGCACUAAUUAAUGCCUUCACAGAAAUUUGAUCUAUGCACAUCUGUUCAGGAAGAAAGUUGACCAACAUAAAAGCAAAAAACUCUGAAAUUAUAAACCGAUUAAAGGAUUGGAGCUCUUUAUAUAAUUUGGCUUCUCAUGCCAAGCCACAAAUCCUUAUAGAUCUCAGACUGCAAGCUGUUUCAAAAAUGCAUCAUAAAUGCACCAAAUAUACCAGUUAACUCUUCUUCUUCUCAGCUCAACUUGAUGGUUCUGCACUGGGACGAACAAGAACAGUUUGCAGGUUAAUCUAGAACAUCUACGACCAUUUAUUUUGAAUGGAGACUCUUUGAGCUAGUGAAGAUGCUCUGCAUCAUAUUAUUACUCUUCACUUUCCUCAUCGUUGGGAGCUCGAAGCUCUGCCCUCAUCAGUGUUCUUGUUACGACGCGUCUGAGCUGGUGGACUGUCGAUCCCGAGGGUUCACUCACAUUCCCCACAGUAUUCCACAUGGAACAUGGCUCCUGGACCUCAGCGGGAAUAAGUUGUCGGAGUUGAGGAGUACCUCCUUUACUGGGAUAUGGGUUCUCCGGGUCCUCCUGCUUUCACAAAGCAACAUGCAGGUGGUGCAUUCUAAGGCUCUUUCCUCUCUCACCUUCCUGGAAAAGUUGGACCUGGCUUACAACGAGCUCCGUGUCCUUCCUCCAGAUUUCUGUCAAGGGUUAACCGCUCUUAAAGAUCUCAAGCUUUCCCACAAUGCCCUGGAACGCCUCGAGUCUCACUCUUUGGAGGACCUAGAAAGCCUGGAGAGGUUAGAUCUCAGUCACAACCACAUUCAGGUUAUCGAAGUCGGGGCAUUUCGUGGACUUACCAUGCUAAGGCACCUUAACCUUGCAUGGAAUCAGAUGACAGUCCUCCAAGGCGGCUUGCUCACCAUGCAACAGAGUCUUGGAGUUCUUCUCUUGAACCACAACAAUAUCUCCAAGAUUGAAACGGACGCUCUGGCCCCCUUACAAACCCUGACCAUUCUGAACUUAGAAGCCAACCAGCUGAGGAGCCUGAAGUUCAAGACCUUCUUGAACCUCCAGACGCCCAGCACGCAUCUGCAGAUGUCGGAGAACCCUUGGACGUGCGACUGUGAGCUUCAUCGCGUCUUCACUAAGAUACUCCAUGUCAGGCAUCUCCACGUGGACGAUUACAUGAAUAUCACGUGCCAUUCUCCGCUCUUACUGGCUGGAGCAUCUCUGGGUUUGAUGCACAGUCAGCUGUGUAUCGCAGAAACGGCCACUGUCCUGGUCAUUACCGCAACGGUGAUGGUCACUGUGGUGGCCGCCUUGGUUAUGGCAGAACGCAAGCGCAAGAAUCAACAAAUGAACCUGGAAAAACAAGGAAACGAUCCUAUGCCUUGGGAGUCUCGCAAAUGAAGAAACCCAGCAGCUGAUAGCUAUACAAACUUAUCUUAUUUUACACAACAGCUCUUCAUUUUUGUGCACGUAGUACUCACUUCAACAUGAAAUCAAAACCUAUUUACUUUCCCAAUACAUGUUCCUAGUCUUAUUUUGAAUGGACAUUACUCAUCAAAAUAUAAGAGUGUUGUAGGGAUGAUGCAUUUUUACAGGAAAAAACCUAAAAACAAGCAUUUCAGCACUUUUGGCUCAUUUGUCCUGAAUUUUUAUUUUUUUUGUAUGUUGGUUAAAUGCCUGAAAUAGUUAGUCUGUGAUGAACACAAGCUCAAGAUAUUUUAACAUUUUAUUAUACAGCAGAAAUAGCCCCUCCUCACUUAAAAAAGGUGGUUGGUAAGUGUUUAAAUCUGUCUAAAUGUAGUCACUUUUACAGACUUGUUUUAUUAGUGUGACUUUUACAGAAUUCCCAUUUGUUUUUGUUUUUUAAUACAGACUGAAAAAUGUGUCCGAAGCUCAAUGCUGGGAUGUUGACGUCAUG